UUUUGAGGUUACGUUUGUAUCGCUUGUUUUGAUUUGAUUUGAAUAAUACUAGAAAUAAAUAUUAGUCUUCCAAAUUAUUGUUACAACUAGAAAUUUUAUUCUUUGUUAAAUACUGUGUAGUGAAUAGUGUUAGUGAUAUUUGAAAAAACAUGGAAUUUUCAUACUGAUGUGUAAAUAUUUCAUUUGCUGGAGAAGAGUACAAUAAAUCAAAUAUGUCUUCCAAUAAACCAGAAUUUGUAUUAGAGUCUGUUGGUAUUAACGGGCCAAAUUAUUUGAAACAUGCUCUGACUAAUUGUACUGAUCCAUUGAAAGCAAUUGAGCAGUUCCAAGUAACAAAUGGAAUAUUAUUACCAUCUUUGAGACCGAUGCUUCCAUUACUUGACCUUCAUGGUGUUCGAAGAUUAGAUUUUCAUAUGUCAGUAGUAGAAGAAUUGAGAGAAAAAAUGGUGUCCCAUAUCAAUGAAAUUGGUAAGAUGGAAGGUGAAAAAAGAGAUCAAAAAUUGAAAGAGCUUCUGGUUAAAACAUUCCCUGUGAUUAAAGUAAAAGCACUUAGACCUAUAGUGAUGGCAAUUCUGAAAAAUACACCUCAAAUUGAAGAUCAAUACUUGAAAGUUCUAGUUAGAGACAGGGAUUUGUAUAAUGAUGCGGACACUGAGGUAAAACGACAAAUAUGGAAAGACAACCAAUCAUUAUUUGGAGAUGAAGUUUCACCAUUGUUCAGCCAGUAUAUCAGUGAAAAAGAAAGUAUCUUAUUUGAUCAUUCCAAUACAAGUGUCUUGUUUUUUGGGCCUACUCCAAAAAAUAGACGUCAAGGAGAGGUAGUUCAGAAAUUGGCGCAUAUGAUUGGUAACAGUGUUAAGCUGUACGAUAUGGUGUUGCAGUUUCUUAGGACAUUAUUUUUAAGGACCAGAAAUGUUCAUUAUUGCACAUUGAGAGCAGAAUUGCUUAUGGCUUUACACGAUAUGGAUAUUCAAGAAAUUGUAAAGGUUGAUCCUUGCCAUAAGUUCACAUGGUGUUUAGAUGCCUGUGUUCGUGAAAAAGCUAUUGACACUAAGCGCUCUAAAGAGCUUCAAGGGUUCAUGGAUAAUGUCAAAAGAGGCCAGGAACAAGUCUUGGGUGAUUUAUCGAUGACUCUGUGUGAUCCUUAUGCUGUUAAUUUCUUAGCAACUACUGCCAUCAAGAUUUUUCAACAUUUGAUACACAUUGAAGGUUUGCCAAGGGAUAACCCUGUUUUGAUAUUAAUUCUUAGAAUGUUAUCUCUCGGGUUAAGUGCUUGGCAGAUGAUUGACUCACAAGAAUUCAAGGAACCAAAAUUGGAUUUACAAAUUAUCACCAAAUUUGUACCUGCACUUAUGUCAUUGAUGGUUGAUGAUCAAGUUAGAAAUUUAUCCAGUAAAUUACCCCCAGACGAACGUGAAGCUGCUAUUACUGUUAUCGAGCAUUCUGGACCUCUACCUGAUGCUGUUGAGGCAUAUCUGCAAGAUAGUUCUGUUGCCAGCAUUCUUGCAAUGUAUUACACUCUACAUGUUGCAAAAAGUAAAGAUAGGGUUGCAUUGCUUCGUAUUUUACAAGUAUUAGCAAAUUGCAAAGACGAUAAAGCUUUUGAUGAUCCAUUUCUUCAUUCUUUAGUUUCACUCUUGAUACACAAUAUGGAAGAAUUCCAAGCAGAAGAUUUCUGCACUGCAUUGUUCGAUGAAUUUUUUUUUGCUGGUUUGUCAAAAGACAACGUAAACAGACAUGUAUUGAAAUUAAUGUGGUACAUUCAUCAUAAAUUGCCAGUGAACAGAUUGGAUACACUAUUGAAAGCUUUACAACCCACUCAUCAGCAUAGUGAAAAAGUCCAUUCACUUUUCAAGCUGCUGAAAGAGAAGAUAACAACAACAGAAGAGCCCCCUCCUCAGGAAAUGGAUAUCGAUUUGAAUUCUCCACUAAUGAGCGUUCCAACCCCUGCCCCAUAUCAUAAUACGUAAAAAUUGCUGAAAGGGGUUUUAUCAUAAUUUGAAGCAAAAUUAGAUUUAUUGUAGAUAUCAGUGUAUAUGAAUUUUUUUAUAUUGUAACUCAAUGUAACAAACCGCAUGGAAAUGUGUUAUGGACCAUUAAAAAGCUAUAUUAUAUCA